GUAUUUAUUGAAUUAAUUAUGUGUUAGGCUAGAGAUAUGGAAGUGAAAAAUAUAACAUUACACAACUCAUCAUCAAGACUGCCCUGAAUCGGAACAUCAGCCAUAAAUCCGUAUGAUACUCGUGCACUUAUUUUCCUGAUAAGAUAUUCAAAUAAAAAUGUCUUCAGAACCAGUCAAAGUUUCACGAUGGUAUUUCGGAGGUUUGGCUUCAGCGGGGGCAGCCAGCAUCACUCACCCACUGGACUUGCUCAAAGUACAAAUGCAAACACAAAAAGGGAAAUCAGAUUCCUUACUCAAACUCACUGGAAAUGUUUUAAAGAAACAAGGUAUUAUGGGCUUAUACUCCGGCAUAUCAGCCUCAAUCACACGCCAGCUUAGUUACUCCUCAGCCCGUUUUGGAAUAUAUGAAGUUUCUAAACAGUACUUUGCACCAAAAGAUGGCAGUGCUUUACCUUUCUACAUGUCUGCAUUCCUAGCUGGGCUGGGAGGCUUGGCAGGAGGGCUUGUAGGAAACCCCGCGGAUUUAGUCAACGUACGCAUGCAAAAUGACGUCAAACUGCCUAAGGAUAAUAGACGAAAUUACAAAAACGUGUUCCACGGGAUGUAUUCCGUGGUCCGGAAAGAGGGAGUGAUGCAGCUGUGGGCCGGGGCCAGCAUGAACUGCAGCCGAGCAAUUCUGAUGACCAUCGGCCAGCUCUCCUUCUACGAUCAGAUCAAAGAAUUGCUUCUCUCCACUCCGUACUUCGGGGACAAUGUCGUCACGCAUGUCACAUCCAGUCUUUGCGCCGGUGGUAUAGCAACAACGCUAACACAGCCGGUCGACGUGCUCAAAACAAGGGCAAUGAACGCGAAGCACGGAGAAGUGAAAGGUCUGUUAAGCCUCAUAGCUAACACGGCCAAGGAGGGACCCAUAGCGUUCUAUAAAGGGUACAUUCCAGCGUUUGCGCGACUCGCACCACACACCAUUCUGACAUUCGUGUUCUUAGAACAGCUUAGAAUAAACUUUGGUUUUGUCAAAGGGAAUUAGGUUUAAUUAGUCAAUGCUGCGUAGACAAUUUUGCAGUCUGGCCCGGGAGAUCCUUUAUGGUUUUGAUAGAAUCAACUGUGGACGAAUAUGUUGAAAUGCAUUGGUAUUUUGAUAUAGGUUCCUGAAUUUUUCAAUAAAACAUUGUAUAUGUGACUGCUGCCAUAUGGGUACGAUUUCACAAUAAAAAGUGAAAAUUAGGAUUACUCUGAAAUAUUACGGCGAAGAUAACUGCAUUUCAAAAUAUGUACAGUUAGACAAACUUCUGAAAACCGUGGAAACUUCCAAGACUACAGGCUGUUAUUCCUAGAUCUUGUAGAUACUUUUAGGAGCAUUUAGAGACAUGAAAAAUAAAAAAUAUCAGACUAUUUUUAAUCAUGGAUAAGGGUAAACUAUUGUAUCCGAAUUUCAAUAGCAAAUAGGAACAGUGACUAUGAACGAAAGAAUCGAGAAAAUAGUAUUUUAAAGUUCAAACUAAAGUAAGUAGCCAGUUUGUUUCCAGUUAAUCAAUUUAUUUAUUUAUUCCGUACCUAGUUCUAUUCUUCCAACUUUAGCUAGUCUUCCCGACGUACCCAUUUUUGCUCACAAUCGAACCAAAUACUUUAUCUUUAUGAUAAUGCUUACCAUGUAACAACUUAUGUACCUAUAAAUCGAAUGUACAAUAGUCAAUAAGGUAUUUUAAGGAUAAUUCAAAAGUUUCUAUUUUAUUUAUUUGAGCAUAAGUACCUGCACUAAAUCAUACUAUUAAAUUAUAAAUUUCCUAUAUUAUUUUUAUAUACCUUACAAAUAUACAAGAUAGAUAGACACGGACGAGUUAUGUCCGUUUAGUUACUUCCAUAGAAUAUAUUUUGUACCUAUUAUUUUAUAUUAGACUUACAAGUGUCAUCCAUCACAAGUGUUUAAUAUAUCCUGCCGGUAGCCGUACAUAAACUAUCUAUACUCUAUACAAACAACAACACUUAACUGACCAUAAGUAGACCUUAUGUCUUUGGAAUAAGGCUGACUGUCAGUUAAUAAUGUGGACGGCGGUACCUGCCAAUCUAUGUCGCAAAUAUCCUGCCUAAUUAUGUUAGUCAAAGUUAGCAGUUAUAAAGAGACAUUCAUUUGUAAGUAAAUGGUAUAAUUUUACUUGAUAGCCCUUGUGAAAAAUAACUCUAUAAGAGGCUAUAUAAUAUAACUAGGUAUAGUUAUUAUACUGUAUGUACCUAUUAAUUAAUAACGUUACUUUGCUAGGGUACUUAGUUCGAAUUAUACCUAACGCACGAAGUUACCUACAGCUCUGUCAAACGGGGGAAAACUAAAGUAUUCAUUUGCGAGUUGUCCCAAGUCUUGUGAAUGUCAUAUUUACUUUUCUAACAAUCUCGUGAACACGAAAAUUGAUUUUCUAUUGUUUAGUCUACACUGUGUUUGUGUUGCACAACGACUUGUUGCCAGUUUAACCGUACUUUGUAGGGUUACCGGUGGUUUGUUAGGUUACAGAUGUGAGAUAGAAGUUUCACUUUUAAAAUAACACUUGUACAGUCUGUGCUAUCAAAAUCGCUGCCAACUUAGCUUGGUCUAACUCUAUAUUAGGUAGGUACAUACAGACUCGCUUCUUCAAUUCCGUUACCAAUAUAAGGUUCCUAUAUUAGGGUUAGGGUAUAGGUUGAUUUUUUGGCUAAUUUCCAAAAAUUAAAUAAUGAGAGUUGCUAACGACUAUUGUUAACACGGACAGGCUUCUGCAAUUCUACGAUUGGCUAUUUUGCGUGAGAGACUAGUGCUAUUAACCACUAUAAAAGUUGUAUGUGUGUUUUAUUUAGUUUAUUAAAAUGUGUGUAGUGGCAAAAAGAAAUAAUCUAUAGAAUCAAUCGUCACGGUAUGUAAUUAAUGUAAUUAUUUGCACAGUGACACAUAUAUUUUGAUUACUUUUCGUGCACGUGCACUUAGGCAUUUUAUUAGUUUGACGUAAGUUUUGAGUUACUCAUGUUACCACAUAGUCUGUGCGGACAGAGAAGAGUCGUAGAAUGUAUCGGAUCCCAUACAUUUCACGACUCUACUCUUUCCGCACAGACUGUUACAAAUGAUUUGCGUUAUUUUUUUAAUUAUCUCAUAAAAGUGUAGGUAAACUAAAAACCACGUGACGCAGUAAGGUACAAAAUGUGCCCUUUGGCCGAAAGGCCCAGCAAUACCUACAAUCUUAUCAGAUAAUAAACAAAUUGUCGCAAAACAUAUGGGUUAAGGUGAUAAAUUAAAGUAAUAGGGAUUCAAGUUCAUUCCUGCAGGUCAUUUCAUACUUGUAAGUAAAUAUUUUUACGUUAAUUAAUAUCAUGUUUAGUUAUGUCGAAUGUUUUUAACUUAUUCUUGUUAUCAUGUUGGUAGAGUUAGACCAAGAAAAGUCUGCAGCGAUUUUGAUAGCCCACGCAGUGCAAGUAUUAUUUAACACGUCAUAAUUUCAUAGACGUUUGACGUUUAAAAAAAAUAACACUUGCACUGCGUGAGCUAUCAAAAUCGCUGCAGACUUGGUCUAACUCUACACAUUUACUUUGAAGUUGUUUUAUAAAAACACAUCUAAGAAUAAUAUUAUUAUAGUCUAAGAAUAUUUUGAUUCCAUUGUCUGUUAAUGGUUGUUACUGAAAACUUACAAAGUUUAGCUGAUAUAUGUUGAAAUAUAUGUGUAAUGAUUAUAAAA